AUGUCUCGAGCAGCUGCACCGCCGACAAAGAUCACGUCUCAUUCAAGUUGUAUGAUAAGUCAAGAUACAGAUAUCAGAGGUGAUAUCGCUUUUGACGAAGGUACAAUCGUCCAUCCGAAGUCAUCGAUUUUAGCUUUAGGUGGUGCCAUAUCAUUUGGUAAAAAUUGUAUAAUUGAGGAAGGUGUCAUUAUCGUUAAUAGGGGAAAAGAUACGAUGAAAAUAGGUGACAGUAAUCAUUUCAUGGUUGGAUGUCGAAUAGAAUCACCUUCAAUAGGAGAAUGGAAUACUUUUCAACCACGUUCAACGUGUUCUUCAGGGGUAAUCAUAAGUGAUAAUUGUACUUUGAGCGCAGGAACUACUCUCCUCCAUUCUCUUUCGUCUUCGGCUUCAACUUCCGAAUCAAUGGAAACCCUUCCUCCAUGUACUGUGAUAUACGGUUCCAACUCAGAUAGAAGAGUAUGGGACGGUACAGGUCAAAAGGCAGGAAGGAAUUUAAGAGAGAAACAUCUCGAAUAUCUUAGGGAGAUAAUACCAAAGUAUAAUCGUAUUAGACCAAAUACCUAG